AUGGUACUGGACGCGAUGGGCGUGGGCGGAGAUGUACUCAACGAGGCGAUUUUGGGAAACCCUUUGCACGUCUACGCCCUGAUCAAGCGCAUGGUUCUCUACUGGCCUCGCGUUAAGGAUAUCGUUUACAAUACUACCAAGGCAAAAGAGAUAUGUCACGAUAAGAUUCAGAGAUGCGACGAAUGGAUUAAUGAGAGAGGCUGUGACGCGAAGCAUGUGGACAAAAUCUGCCCCUACUCCUGCGGGUUCUGUCAAGUCAAUGAAAGCAACCCAGCACUGAAGGCAGCGGAAAACAGGACUGUGCUGCCGUCGAGAUUGGAUCUGAUCGGAGCAGCGCAGUCGCUGGCCCUCCUGCAGCGAGUGUAUCUGCUGCCCAUGAAACACCUGCUCAACGGGAGGAUUCUGGACACGGAUUCAAGCGUUACAUACACCAAAAAUCAAUCAAGGAGCUACAUGCAAUAUUCAUACUCUUUCUUGACCGCCAUCUACCGGCCAGGACUGACCACGUGGGACAUCUUGCGCGUGGCCAGAGCAAGUGCGGACGCUGGACGCUGGGUGAACGCUUGGGUCUGGUAUGACGAGGCUCAUUCCGCCAUCCCAGACCCCGACGCCCAAGAUCAUGUUGCUGACUUGCUUGAAUUCAUAGAACACCAGCAUGAUCUGGACUGGCGGAAAGACAUCGGGUGGAGGGACGACAACCAGUUCCUUUUCCUGUUGUCAGAUGUCCCGCGACAGGAACCCGAGACCUGUGUCUACUCCGACCUCUGUCGUGGAGAUAAGUCUAAGCUACGAAAACAAAUUCCUUCAGGAGCGCCUCAGUGCCACAUCUCCUCCCGUGGCUCGCCCUUCCUGGUGUUGCAACCCGUCAAGUGGGAGUACCUGAGUCACAAUCCGGAGAUAAUGAUCUUCCCGAAUUUCUUGUCGAACGAGGAAGUCAGGAUCAUUAUUUACUUGUCACGGGACCAUAUGAUGAAGGAUCUAGGAAGCGGAGGGCGGCAAUCGCACCAUAUAUUCCUGGCCAACAGUACACAUCCUUUAAUAACUCGUCUUACGCGGAGGAUCGAGGCUGUGACAGGCCUCCUCGCGCACGAAGGAGCGAACGGCAAGGAGGAUGCGGGAGAUCCUCUUAAGGCUCAAAAACUGACCCAUGUGGCAGUUGAUAUAUUUGAGAAAGUCCGUAACUACGGCACAGGGGGGCAUCUGAAUCCCCACGUCGACGUCUUCGCCAAACACGUGAACUCGACGUGUGACGGUAACCCGAAGUGCUCCAGUUCUGGGGAUCGCAUUGCCACCUUUAUGCUUUACCUAAACGACGUAAAAGCUGGCGGAAGUACAGCCUUCUACAGCAGUGACGUGGUUGUAACACCAACAAAGGGCAUGGGUGUGUUCUGGUACAAUCUGAAGAGGAACGGCUUGUACGACCGCAGAGUGGACCAUGGAGGAUGCCCGGUUCUGCUGGGGUCCAAAUGGGGCAAUCGCCGUGAAGUGGAUCCUUUUACGUGGAACUUUACAUUCUACCUUUCUUUAAGUGUUUUUGAAAUGUACGGAAAAUAUACCUUCGUGCAAGAACUAGCUAUCUUUAUGCUGUGCUACACAUAUAUCAACUACAUCCUACAGAAAGUAACAAAUUCAUACUCUGAAAAUGUUCUGCACAUUACGACACCAUUACUGAGCACUGCAGCUGCUAAGGAAACAGAUGCAAAACUAUUGGUAGUGCUUCUAGUGAUUCAGACUAUCUCCACAGAGAUCAGAUUACUUAAUGUUAUCUGA